CAUGGUGAGCAGAGCCAAGCACAAGCUACCAACAUCCUAUUGGCGCGUUCUAGCAUGUCUCUGACUAUUUCCAUUAGGGAAAAAGACUAUUCUGUGAAGUAAGCGUGUGCAAUAACUCAGUUUGCUUUUGCAAUCCUUCUAAACAACGCGAUUUUAAAAAAACGUUUGCAAAGGGUAAAGUCUACAAAACUUAGUCCACUCUGUUCAUAACAGAAUGUCGGACAAAAUCCAUCUUGUUUCAUCCUUCUGCCGCUGCCGACAAGUGGGCUUCCUCUCACUACCAUAUUUGUGAGUGGCAACUUCAAGCACAUUUAUACAUCCGGUUAAAUAUCUGUCUCAUUGUUCUAUCUGUGCGUUUCAAGAGUGAAAGUAAGAGCAGUACAGACAGACAGAUCAAGUUAAAAUAAUACGACUUUGAUCUGGUAUUUGACGACCCUCUCAUCUAAACCUGCUGUUUGUGACUACUUUGUUUAUUUUCUGUCUUGGUUGACAUCGUGACAAUAUUGUGCGAGUUGAAGAUGGAGAAGUUCUUUACCAUUCUGACUGGGAAUACUCUGGGGUCUCAUGAGGAAAUAAAUCGCCGGCUCACUACAAAAGGUUUAACGAAGGUGACGUCAUUGGCGGAGAGUGAUGUCAUCAUUGCUUUCUGUCCCAUUGUCUCUCGUGCCGGGACUGAUAUUGAAGCAGCACUGCAGCAGAUUCCUGCUGGUAAACCUAACAUUCUGGUAGUGAAGCAUCACACCUUCAACCCAGACUACACUGUACCUGACAGCAGCAGACUAGUGACCAGAGAGGAUGUAAAACUCACAGUGGACUGUCUCUUCCAUGAGAGCCAGGAACUAUUGGAGUGUCAUCGCAAUGAAGCAACAGUCAAAAAGAUUGUGAACAUAAUACUGCCAAUGAAUGACUGGGAGAUUAUUGAAGCCAGUGAAGCCCUUGAGCAUAAAAUCUUGGAGCAGGAUUUUCCAAAAGAGUUGAAGAUGGAGAAGUUCUUUACCAUUCUGACUGGGAAUACUCUGGGGUCUCAUGAGGAAAUAAAUCGCCGGCUCACUACAAAAGGUUUAACGAAGGUGACGUCAUCGGCGGAGAGUGAUGUCAUCAUUGCUUUCUGUCCCAUUGUCUCUCGUGCCGGGACUGAUAUUGAAGCAGCACUGCAGCAGAUUCCUGCUGGUAAACCUAACAUUCUGGUAGUACUGCAUCACACCUUCAACCCAGACUACACUGUACCUGACAGCAGCAGACUAGUGACCAGAGAGGAUGUAAAACUCACAGUGGACUGUCUCUUCCAUGAGAGCCAGGGACUAUUGGAGUGUCAUCGCAAUGAAGCAGCAUUCAAAAAGAUUGUGAACAUAAUACUGCCAAUGAAUGACUGGGAGAUUAUUGAAGCCAGUGAAGCCAGUGAAGCCCUUGAGCAUAAAAUCUUGGAGCAGGAUUCUCCAAAAGCUGGUAAACCUGUCAUUCUGGUAGUACUGCAUCACACCUUCAACCCAGACUACACUGUACCUGGCAGCAGCAGACUAGUGACCAGAGAGGAUGUAAUACUCACAGUGGACUGUCUCUUCCAUGAGAGCCAGGGACUAUUGGAGUGUCAUCACAAUGAAGCAGCAGUCAAAGAGAUUCUGAAGAAGCUUAAUAUACAUUCUGAGAUUGCAGUUUCUUCCGUUGAUCCUCGUAUCAUCUGGCGGUUGGCAAAAGAUCGGUUGGCCAGAGUGACUGAGCCUUACAUCAACCACUGCAACAGUUGAAGUGCCUGUUUGCAAUCAUGAAGUGCAACAUUAAGAUGAAGCACAUUGCUCCCCAGCCUUUAAGAUAUAAUAAUGAGCGAAUAAGUGGAUUGAAGUCUGAUUUUGAAAAAUGUCUAUUCAUAGUCAAAACAUUUGACAAUUUAACCCUAGAAAUAUAACUAACUACAGUGCCUUGCGAAAGUAUUCGGCCCCCUUGAACUUUGCGACCUUUUGCCACAUUUCAGGCUUCAAACAUAAAGAUAUAAAACUGUAUUUUUUUGUGAAGAAUCAACAACAAGUGGGACACAAUCAUGAAGUGGAACGACAUUUAUUGGAUAUUUCAAACUUUUUUAACAAAUCAAAAACUGAAAAAUUGGGCGUGCAAAAUUAUUCAGCCCCUUUACUUUCAGUGCAGCAAACUCUCUCCAGAAGUUCAGUGAGGAUCUCUGAAUGAUCCAAUGUUGACCUAAAUGACUAAUGAUGAUAAAUACAAUCCACCUGUGUGUAAUCAA